CUUGUUUCCGUGUUUUUUCUCGGUUGUCACACUUGCAUAGCCAUUGGUGGAUGUAACUUGAGAGUUCAGACAAAACACAGUGGAUCGGGUAUCACUGACACAUGCAUGAUGGGAGCUUUUCGUACGUGUGAAGAAAAAUGUUUCACAUUGGUGGCUUUUCCUUUUACGUAGAAGAAGGGAAUAUGACACAGUAUGGUGUGAGAUCCAGUGCUUCAUUUUCCUUUUUGUGUGGAAAGGGUCCUCACAAGAACCGAUUAUUGUUGGGGCCCAGUGUCAUGUGAACAUCUUAAAGGCAAUGUGACAUGGAAUGGAAAGUAACUAGUGUCGGUGGAAGUAUCAGAUUUCGUUUAUUAAUAAGCCCAUGUCGUUUUAAUGCUUGGUGACUGUGUGUGGAGUAUUGACCAGCUGGAAUUAAUCAUCAAUCUCCUUUUCCUUAUUUCUAUUUUUUAUUUUCCAAAAUUGGAUCUGCUAUGGAAUUUGUGCCUUGUUUCUCAGAUAGUGGAAUAUUUGUUGGACCAUGAAGCAUAAAGAUGGAAAACCGAUUAAUCAGCCAAAUAAGAACCGGGCUGUGACUUUGGCAGUCACUUUAAUUGCUCUAUGUGGUUUUUCUUUCUAUCUGGGAGGAAUCUUUUGCUCUGGAAAGGAUGGGGUUGUGGUUAAUACCAUUCAGAAGACCCUUGAUUCUCCUAAGCAAUCCUCAGGUUCUCUGCAAAUUAAGCCAAUCAGUUUCCCUGAAUGCAGCAUAGACUAUCAAGACUACACUCCAUGCACAGAUCCAAAGAGAUGGAGAAAGUAUGGUGUGUACCGGCUUACUUUGUUAGAACGCCAUUGCCCUCCAGUUUUCGACAGGAAAGAAUGCUUGGUUCCUCCCCCAGAGGGUUACAAGCCUCCAAUCAGAUGGCCAAAGAGUAGAGAUGAAUGUUGGUACAGGAAUGUGCCAUAUGACUGGAUCAAUAAGCAGAAGUCUAACCAGCAUUGGUUGAGAAAGGAAGGGGAGAAAUUCCUGUUUCCAGGUGGGGGUACUAUGUUCCCCAACGGUGUUGGUGAAUAUGUUGAUUUGAUGCAAGAUCUGAUCCCAGGAAUGAAAGAUGGGACUGUGAGAACUGCCAUUGAUACUGGUUGUGGGGUUGCUAGCUGGGGUGGUGACUUGUUGGAUCGCGGGAUUCUAACAGUUUCUCUUGCCCCAAGAGAUAACCAUGAAGCUCAAGUUCAAUUUGCUCUAGAGCGUGGUAUCCCAGCUGUUCUUGGUGUCAUUUCUACACAGAGACUUCCUUUCCCAUCAAACUCCUUUGAUAUGGCUCAUUGCUCCAGAUGCCUUAUCCCAUGGACAGAAUUCGGUGGUAUUUAUCUCAUGGAAAUACACCGUAUCCUUCGUCCCGGAGGAUUUUGGGUUUUGUCUGGUCCACCUGUUAACUACGAGCACAGGUGGCGUGGAUGGAACACAACCAUUGAAGACCAGAGAUCAGAUUAUGAGAAGUUGCAAGAAUUACUUACUUCAAUGUGCUUUAAAUUGUACAAUAAAAAGGAUGACAUUGCAGUAUGGCAGAAGGCUAAAGAUAACAGUUGCUAUGAAAAGCUGGCCAGAGAGUCCUAUCCACCACAGUGUGAUGACAGCAUUGAACCAGAUUCAGGAUGGUACACUCCACUUCGUGCUUGUUUUGUGGUUCCAGAUCCAAAAUACAAGAAAUCAGGCCUCACAUACAUGCCUAAGUGGCCUGAACGGUUGCAUGCUACCCCUGAAAGGGUCACAACUGUUCAUGGUUCUAGUACUAGUACUUUCAGUCAUGACAAUGGCAAGUGGAAAAAGCGCAUUCAGCACUACAAGAAGUUGCUGCCUGAACUUGGCACUGACAAAGUUAGAAAUGUCAUGGACAUGACUACAGUAUAUGGAGCUUUUGCUGCAGCCUUGAUCAAUGAUCCCUUGUGGGUCAUGAAUGUGGUCUCAUCUUAUGGUCCCAACACACUCCCUGUGGUUUAUGAUCGUGGCCUUAUUGGAACCUUCCAUGAUUGGUGUGAAGCUUUUUCAACAUAUCCUCGAACCUAUGACCUCCUUCAUCUUGAUGGACUCUUCACUGCUGAAAGCCACAGAUGUGAAAUGAAGUAUGUGUUGCUGGAAAUGGAUCGAAUUUUAAGGCCUGGUGGGCAUGCUAUCAUUCGAGAGUCCACUUAUUUUGUGGAUGCCAUUGCUACUAUUGCCAAGGGUAUGAGAUGGGUGUGUCGCAAAGAAAACACCGAGUAUGGAGUUGACAAAGAGAAGAUUCUGAUAUGCCAAAAAAAGCUAUGGCACUCAUCCAACAACGGUUCAAGAUGACAAACUCUGGAACCUGUGCAGUGGUGAGAGGGGGUGGCUACAAUUGUAAAUCCAGAAGCAGAAGCAAAGGGAAAUGGAUUCAGAGCCACCAUCAACUAAACAUUGAUUCAUUCUAUAAUAUAGAAGCCAAGAAUCGGUCGAGUUCAAAUUUAUCAAAUGAAGAAUUGGUAACUCAAUAAUCUGAUCUUGUUAAGUUAUAUAGAAAAUUUUCAUAUAGAUACUAUUCUUUAUAUGGCAUCAAUUGUAUCAGCUACCACUCUCCUAUAUCUAUUUUUUGUUGUUGUUGUUGUGUAAUAUCCAAGUGAAUUCAUGUGAGAAAUGAAAGUUUUAAUUCCGACAGAAAGCAUAUGAUAUGCUACCUAUACAUAAAUUGGAAUUCCGUACCAGACAAUACUACAACAUUUUGUAUUAAUAUUCGCACUCUAUAAUCAUUUAAUUCAAUGUCGUAUUAUACAGA